GGCAGUUUCCAAUUCAUCAGCCAUGGGAGUCCUCAUGUCAAAGAAGCAGCAGGUGGAGAAGGUUCAGAAAUGCACAGCGGUCGUCUCUGCGUUCCAGUCAAAUCUUAAGGAUCGGGCAUCUAAACAGACAGAUGCAGAAACAGAGGAAAACCCUGGACAGAUUUCAGCCACUUCAGAGGAGAAGAAUACGGCGGAGGCAGAAAAAGAUGACUCAGAUAAGACUGAGGGUCCCUCAACUUCCCAGCAGGCCGCAGCGCCAGUGAGAGAUGAAUGCAAGGUCAAUGAGGAGGCUUGGUCCAGGUUACGGGACGGGAAAGGAAGGGAGCCAGAGGAGCUUAACAAGACUUGUUCGUUAACGCCUCCUACUUUUGUGCGACCGAAGAGGGAAGCAGACGAUGACCAGCCUGUUGAGAUUCAGCUGGAUGAGAAAGAGCAGCCACCGAGCAAUGAGAUGUGCGACGUGUGCGAGGUGUGGACGGCAGACGACCUCUACCCCUGCAGGAUCUGCACACGUGUUUUCCACGACGGGUGCCUGAGGGAAUUGGGCUACCUCCGAGCUGAGGCACUGCAGGAGAUGAGAGAUACGGCCCACACUGUUACUGGUUGGAGCUGCUACUAUUGUGACAAUCUGAAUCUGCUCCUGACAGAGGAAGAGAUGUACAGUCUGAUGGAGACAUUCAAGCAGUGCAAGAUCAUCCCAGAAUCAUGCCUGGUGUCUGACGAGCUGCUCCAGUACCGUCACUUCGCAUCCAAGCAGCAGUUUGAGAAGGACCUGUCUGACGAGCAGGAGGAGGAGGUCUUGGCUCAGUUUGCUGCUUUGGAUCCUGAGAAGAAGGGUCACAUCGAGUGGUCCGACUUUCUCUACUUUGAAUCUCUGACUGUUCUGAGGAAGUUUCGGACAGAGAACUCGCUCGUUCGUCUGUUGACUGCUAAGGAAAGAGAUAAAGCCAGGUCUGUUUUCCUCGGUCUGGAUCAGGACCAAGAUGGUUUGAUCACGAGAGCAGAAUGCCGUCAGGCCCAACAGUCCUGGUUCAGUGAGCUUAAAGACCCUCAGUCCUGUAACGUGAGACUCAUGGGAUUCUGCUCCCCUAUGAAUUGUGGUAUAAGUCACGUUGGCCCCAUUUGUGAGAACAGCCCAGCCAGCUCUGGAAGUGAAAGGAGCAAAGCCGAUGAAAGCAGGCCUUUCACUUGGGCAGACUUUAUAAGAGAGAGUGCCAUUUAUAUAUUGGCUGCAAGGCCCAAUAGUUCUGCUAUGCACAUCCGCUUGCCCCUAUAGUCCAGGACCUUCCACUGAAGUCAGCAGAGAGGGAGAGAGCGGUACACUCCACAGCACAGAUGAGCGGGGGAACACAGACAUCCCGACAUGGUGUCACCAGGAGGACCUCUGAUGGACCAGAGUGGAGCAUGGCAGACCCUCACCUCGUUUGCAUCACCUCAACACUGACAACACACAUGCUGACUGAUACAACAACAAUAUAAGCUCUUCUUUCCUAUCCCAGUCAGUUCCCAACACACAUGAACGAAUGGAGGGAGUUUAGUAGUUCUGAAAGGAAAAGUCAGGGACAGAAACACACUGGCCGUCCUCACAGUUCAGUAAAACAUAAGCUACACACUGCAGAGUAGAUUAGUGUGACAAGUUGUUUUUUGUUUGUUUUCUGCUUUCCAUAUUAACUUCAUUUUGCUGUGACAGUGUUUUCGUUUACAAAUUGUUCACCUCACCACAACAGGCACUUAUAAAUCCAAUAUAGCCUCUGUUUGAUUCCUGGAUGGAGAUUAAGUUCCCUGCUGCUGCCGCCACGACAUAACAAACAAGAAUAAAAGCUAUCCAUAUACACCCUAUUAUACCGUAUCUGCUUUGCAUUCACAAUAAAUUAUUGAGUAUUAAAAGGCUGCAUUUAUUCGUGUAUCCUAUAUUAUCUUCCCAUCCUCACAUUUUUUGUCCAUCUGUUCUUUUGAAUUACUAACUGUGAAAAGGGAGUGAAUAUUAAUAAAUGCUAAUCUUGUAAGUGAUAUGUAUAUAUUAUUGCUUUACUGUAUGUAAUGGGCUUGUGCUUUAAAAGCUGCACAAUGUUUGCUGUGGAAAGACUAGCUCCUAGAAGUGUCUUUCUUCACCAAUUAAGCAAGUUCACAGAAAUGUCAUGUUUAAAGACAGUUACACACUUGAUUUAACAUUUUCUUUUUUGUUUUAAUACUUUACAUUGUAAUUAGCAAAGUAUUUGAAGGUUGCUAUGAAAAACAUGAUGGAAUUUAUGUGAUGUCUUAUAUUGUACCUGUACUUGACUUCAAAAAACAAAAAGCCAUGUAGUGUUUGAAUGUGUUGGAGGUUCAAUGAUGUGCUGCUGUAGUGACACAAGUGUAGAUGGCAUGAAACCCUAUGUUGAGAGAGAAAUGUCACAGAGCUGAAAUAAAUGCAUGGCAUACUAACCAUUUAUUGGAAA